AUGUCCAAGGGCAUCACCUUCACGCUCAGCAACGGCGUCCAGAUCCCCGGGCUGGGCUUCGGCACCUUUUCGAGCGAAGGGUCCAAGGGCGAGGCCUACGCCGCCGUCCUGCACGCCCUCCGCGCCGGUUACAGACACCUUGACUGCGCGUGGUUCUACCAAAACGAGGACGAGAUCGGCGACGCCAUCCGCGACUUCCUCGCCGAGAACGAGGGCGUGCGGCGCGCCGACCUCUUCAUUACCACUAAAGUGUGGAAUCACCUGCACGAGCCCGCCGACGUCAAGUGGUCGUUGAACGACUCCCUCCAGAAGCUGCGGCUCGAUUACGUCGACCUCUUCCUCGUCCACUGGCCGAUUGCUGCCGAGAAGACGGAGGACCACCAGCCCAAGAUCGGGUCGGACGGCAAGGUAAGGCUCCUAGCUCGAGAAAAGUUCGAAAGAUGCAGCCCCAUCUACAUCAUCAACCAGGAGCUGACGAGAAAUCCCGAACCCACCUGGCGGGCCAUGGAAGCCCUCUAUGACGAGGGCAAGGCGCGGGCCAUUGGCCUAUCCAACUUCACCAUCCCCGGCAUCGAGCAGAUCCUCUCCUUCGCCAAGGUGCCCCCACGCCAACCAGGUGGAGAUCCACCCUUUCCUCCCCAAUACCACGCUCGUCAAGUACUGCCUCGAGCACAACAUCCUCCCCAAGCCUAUUCCCCGCUCGGGUCCCAGAACCAGGUCCCCAACACGGGCGAAAAGGUGGCCACGAACCCCACGCUGAACCAGAUUGCCAAGGAGGGCGGCCACACGCUCGCCCAGGUCCUCAUCGCCUGGGGCUUGCGGAGGGGCUACGUCGUUCUUCCCAAGAGCUCGAAUCCCGCGAGGAUCGAUAGCAACUUUGAGGAGAUUGACCUGUCGGAUGCGCAGUAUGAGGCCAUCAAUCGUGUUGCUGCGGGUCGGCACACUCGGUUCGUCAAUAUGAAGGAUACUUUUGGCUAUGAUGUGUGGCCCGAGGAGACGGAUGGGGAGCUCUCCAAGUAA